AUGACAAAUAGGCUGCUAAAAAAAUUCGAAUAUGUGGAUUUAAAUCAUGUCUCUAGGAUAAAAAAUCAAGAGGCAAAUGAUUUGGCACAAUUAGCUUCAGGAUACAAGGUGUCGAAGGAAAGGUUGGAAGAAUUGAUUCAAGUUAGAGGAAAAGCAAUGACCACCAGGUUAUCUCCAACUGAUUUAGAAAACACACAAUUAGGCUUCGCCAACCAAGAGGAAUUUGAAGUGUUGAAUAUAGAUGCUCUAACAGAUACGGAUUGGAGAAGUCCAAUUGUUAAUUACCUUAAAGACCCUUCGAAAGAUACAGAAAGAAAGAUUAAGUAUAGAGCUUUGUCUUAUUUCUUGAUGGGGAACGAAUUAUUCAAGAAAACUCCUGAAGGAAUUUUGUUGAAAUGUCUAGGCGAAACUAAAGCUUAUUUAGCAUUAUCUAGUGUACAUAGUGGAACCUGUGGAGCCCAUCAAGCUGGACACAAAGUGAAAAGGUUGCUAUUUCGUUACGGGAUGUAUUGGCCCACUAUGUUAAAAGACUUCAUAGACUUUGCCAAAGGUUGCCAAGAAUGUCAGAUGCACGCAAGUAUCCAACAUUCACCUGCAAAUGAGUUGAGUUCGAUCAUCAAGCCAUGA